UGUAUGGAAGUCAAAAAUCAAAAUGGCAGCUCUGUUUGGACACGGAAAUCCUUUGAGUACUCCUGUCGGACAGUUAAUCGAAAAAGCUAGUGAUGGCUCCCAGGCAUCCGAAAACUGGACUCUAUUCCUGGACGCCUGUGAUAUCAUCAAUGAAACAGAUGAGGGACCAAAAGAUGCAAUACGUGCCAUAAAGAAAAAGCUGCAACAAAAUGCUGGCAAGAAUUACGCAGCUGUCAUGUACACUCUAAUUUUGCUGGAAACCUGUGUAAAAAACUGUGGCAAAAGAUUUCACCUCCAAGUGGCAAAUAAAGAGUUUCUUCAUGAGUUAAUUAAAAUAAUUGGACCAAAGAAUGACCCUCCUCCGGUUGUGCAAGAGAAGGUAUUAAGUCUUAUACAGACUUGGGCAGAUGCCUUCCAUGGUUCAGCAGAGCUGAAAGAGGUGGAGAAAGUGUACCAGGACUUGAAAGGAAAAGGCAUUGAAUUUCCUAUGACUGAUUUAGAUAAAUUGGCACCUAUUCAUACACCUGCCAGAACAACUCCUGUAUCAGAACAAGCCCCAACCCUUAGCAGAAGUAGAGGAAUGUCUACAGAAGCUCCUACAAAUACACCACCACAGCAGCAACAACAACAACAGCAACAACAGGUUCCUGUUACCAUGUCUAGCGGGUCCAUUAUCCCAACAAAUGAACAGUUGGACAAACUGAAGAGUGAACUUGAUGUAGUCCAAGGAAAUGUCCGUGUGAUGGGGGAAAUGUUGACAGAGCUCAGCCCUUACAAUGUAGACUCCUCAGAUCUUGAGCUUUUGCAAGAACUGAACCGAACUUGUCGUCAAAUGCAGCAGCGACUUGUAGACUUACUUGACCAAGUUGCCAAUGAGGAAGUCACAAGUGAAUUAUUACGGGUGAAUGAUGACCUAAAUAAUGUAUUUCUCCGUUAUGAGAGAUUUGAACGGUUUCGAGCUGGACAGACAGGUUCACAGACCACUGAUGCAAGCAAUACUCCACCUGUAACACAAGACUCCUAUCUUCCACCAUCAUAUGAACAGGUUCAGGCAUCCAGUCAGUCUUCAAAUGUUGGCAACCUUAUUGAUUUAGGUGAAGAUGGUGCCCAGCAGACAGGACAGUCAGAUAUUCACACCCAGCUAGCAGGCAUGAGUUUGAAUUCUGGCAGCAUAAGCAGCACACUUGGACAAAUCAGCAGUACUACUGCAAUGAAUCGGUCUUCAACAGGCACACAGGAUACAGAGUUUGAUAUGUUUGCCCAAUCCAGACAAUCGUUUGAUCAGAGUAGAAAGAAUAUGGGAAAUUCUGCUUACAUCAAUCAACAAGAGGACCAAUUUCGGGGCAGUUUAGGACAAGCUGUAUCCAUGAAAUCUCAAGUGAAAAAUGGACAGUUGCCCACGAUGGGUGAUUCUUUUGAGCUGUCUGAUAAAGAAGAAGACUUGAAGGAGAUGGCACAAUGGUUAGCCAGUGAUGGACAAGCUACAGAAUCCAUAAGCAGUUCAGAGUUUGACAAAUUCCUUCAAGAGCGGGCAGCUGCUGCUGAUAAUUUACCAACAAUUUCUGCAAGUACUGCUGGUUCUACAUCACAGCCACCCAUUGUCAACCCUCGACGCCAGUUGCAGAAAGACGAUGAUGACAGUCCACUGUUUGCUCUAUGAGAAAAAGCAACUGGCCUCUAUCUGUAACUACCGCUGUAUCCUGAUAGCUGAAGACAUGAGGCACAGACAUUCUUUAUAAUGUAUAUAUAUAUAUGCAUGUGCAUAUAUAUAUAUGCAUGUGCAUAUAUAUAUAUAUAUAUGUAUGUAUAUAUAUAUAUGUAUGUAUAUAUAUAUAUAUAUACAUACACACACACACACAUAUAUAUAAUAUAUUGCUGGAUGAUGGCUAUAAUAGUCGUACCAGGUUGAGGCUUCAUAUCUUUUUUUUUUUUUUAUCUAACAGAAUUCAGAACAGUCAUCUAAAAUGUACCAAUUUUGGUGAGAGAGGGGAGGGGUAGGUGAAGAAAAUACUUUCUGUGUGUGUGUGUUAAGACUUCUUCUUCCGCUAAGCACACCUACACAUCCACAACCCAAAAUGUGCUUGCAUAGAAUAACAUCCUGACGUGAUAAUAGUCACAUUCUAAGACAAUAAGAAAAUUUCUAUCUUUAUGCACACACGUGUACAUACAUUCAAAUGUAAUGACAGUUACCUUUCUAAGACAAAAAAAAUUUGUCUUCAUGCACACACAUGUACAUAACAAGCACAUAACACCUGCUCCUGUUUUUUUCUUUCUUUUUUUUUUUUACAUACAUAUUUCUCUUUCUUUCCUUCUCUCACCACAUAUACACACACACAUACAUACACACACACUUAUGCAGGUAGAUCAACACAUAACAGCUAACAUCACUUGUUCUUACAAUGAUUUUACUCAAAAUAUUAUUAUUACUAUUAUCAUUAUUAUUAUUAUUAAGACAGUGAGCUGGCAGAAAUGUUAGCAUGACAGACGAAAUGCUCAGCAGCAUUUUGUCCGUCUUUACAUUCUAAGUUCAAAUUCUAUCAAGGUUAACUUUGCCUUUCUUCCUUCCAGGGUUAAUAAAAUAAAGUACCAGCCAAAUACUGGGGUCAACAGAAUUGACUAAACUCAGGUCCCCUCAAAAUUGCAGGCCUUGUGCCUAAAU